AAGGCGGAAGCGGUGGCGGGAUGGGGCGGAGCGGGGCCCCCCUGCGCCUGGCGCUGGAGGGGAACAUCGCCGUGGGGAAAUCCACCUUCCUGCAGCUGCUGGCGGCCGCUUUCCCGCGGUGGCACCUGGUGACGGAACCGGUGGCCCAGUGGCAGAAGGUGCCGGCGGGUGGGAAGGGCCAGGCCACCGUGGGCUCCACCAACCUUCUCCAGAUGAUGUACAAGGAGCCUGCUCGAUGGUCCUACACCUUCCAGACCUUCUCCUGCCUGAGCCGGCUGAAGGCCCUGCUGGAGCCCCCCCCCCCACAGCUCCCCACCCCCCCAGUCCGGGUCUUUGAACGUUCCAUCUACAGCGACAGGUACGUCUUUGCCAAGAACCUGUUUGAGGUUGGGCACCUGCAGCCUCUGGAGUGGGCGAUCUACCAGGAGUGGCACAGCUUCUUGCUCCAGCAGCUGGGCCCCCGGGCCACCCUCCAGGGCUUCCUCUACCUGCGGGCUGAGCCUCGGACGUGCCUGGAUCGGCUGCGCCGGCGGGCGCGGAGCGAGGAGGGUGGGAUCCAGCUGGGAUACCUGGAGCAGCUCCACUCCCAGCAUGACCAGUGGCUGCUGGAG